AUGCGCGUAAAAUCUUUGAUAAAUAAUGCUAAGGCAGGUGUUCCCUUGAAUUUCUCUGGAACAGCCUCUAGCUCAAAUGUGGCUGCAAGCAAUUCCUUACCUUCCAUGUUUCCAGCUGGCAGUGCACCUCCACUUUCACCAAGAAGUUCAUCUGGUUCUCCUCGUGUCUUGAAACAAAGGGCAGGUCCUUCUGCAUUAGGUUCUUCUCUAAAAUUAGUGAGUGAGCCAGUUAAAGAGUUGAUACCUCAGUUCUACUUCCAAAAUGGCUGUCCACCUCCAAAUGAACUAAAAGAACGAUGUGUGUUUAGGAUCACUCAGUUUUUUUACGGUCACAAGGAUGGGCUACAAUUACAAGAAUUUAAACCAGUUACAAAGGAAAUUUGCAAGCUGCCAUCGUUCUUCUCUACUGUUCUUUUUAGAAAGAUUGACGUUGAUUGCCUUGGCAUUGUAACCAGGUAUAGAGAUGAAUCUGUUGCUCCUUUUGGCAUCAGUUAG